AUGGCCUCCCCUGACCAACUAGAGUUCAUUAGAGAAGUGCUGCAAUCAGCACCUGCUGGUAAAUUCAAUGCUUUGUUGGAGGACAUGCAGAAGCUUGCAGGUUCUUCGGUUCCAGAUGAUGCUUGGGCCGAAAUAAGAAAUCACCAUCAGCGUAAUACUUGCGCUGCGACUCAAGAAGACCUGUCCCAUCCUAUGGCGGCUUCAUUGAAAGAAGAGCUGACCAAGUACCAAGAUGGGAUCUACAGUGGUGGAAAGGAUGUUAUCUCUCGUGGAGACAUUUCUCCAGGAAGCAACAAUGAUGAAGUUGUAUUGCGAACAUAUGCCGAACGGGUGGAUGAAGCAAAGAGCCGAACAGGUUUCUGGUCCGCUGAAUGGACCAUCAAAUCAGAUGCAUCAAUAUUGGGAAAAUUAAACAUUUGCUCCUUCUCCUUUGAGGGGGGGAACUUUCAACUUCGAUCCACAAGAGGAUUCUCCCCGAAAACGGUGGAAGGCGAAUUGGCCCCAGCCAUUAUGAAGCAAAUUGCCUCCUGGGAGAAUGAAGCCUUUGUAUCCCUGAUGGAUUCCUGUGCGCAAUCUACCUAUAGUUUGAAAUCUAUCCGAGGAAUUCUACCGGUAACACACAAGCGGCUAAAUUGGAAUGUGGUGGUUCACCGCACCCCUUAUGGUCCGCACUCAGAAGUAACAGCCAUUCUGCAAAACUAA